GACACAUGGCAGCGCGGGGGAGUGUUUACAACUUGUGACGAGCUUUGGAAACUCUGCAAAUAAACGUUUAUCAAAUCACACACGCACGUCUCAAGUUCACAGUUACCUUACAAAAGAGGACAGCGUGCGAAGAGAAGCGUCAUUGGCCUUAACGAGCCAACAUAGCGUCCCUAAAAGAGGCUCUGUGCUGUGAUGUCCUCUUCCCCCGGCCGCCUCUUGCAGCCUCUCUCCAGACUCAAGCCCAGCAGCAGCCCACCGGACCCGCAGCGCGUCUGACCGGCCUUCCUCCAUCCAACCCCCAGUGCCGGAGGAGCGAUGGAUGAGCCCGGUGGCGGAGGAAGCCCGGGUGGAGGCAGAGGUGGAGACGUGGCCGUGACCGAGGCCAGAGCGGAGGCGGAGAACGAGCCGCCAUCACUGCAGCAUCCCUGGGCUGCGGAAGAGGAGCCUUGUGCACCCAAGAAAGCCCGCCUGGACCAGGGAGAAGGUGAACAGGAGAGUCAGGAGAGUCAAGAGAGCCAGGCGCCAGUUCGAGAUGAUGUGCAAACUUUGACACACCUGGGAGUACCAGAGUCUGACAGUGCAUCUGCAGCAGAACUUUAUGUGGAGGUCAAAGGUGAAGAGGAAGAGCAUCAUAAUGGAGCUCCAGAGCCAGAGCAGGGGCCAGAGGAGGAGAGCCCCAAAGAGCAGGAGCCUGAGGGGCAAGAGGAACCAGAGGAUGAGACCAGGUGCCCACAGCGUGUUGAGUUGGAUUUCUCCCAGAAUCCUCAGAUGCUGACUGGCUCCUGGGCAGAGUUCUCCUCUUUCCCUGAGAAUUACCUGAAAGGCUGCAAAUGGGCCCCGGAUGGUUCAUGUCUGCUGACCAACAGUGCAGACAACGUGCUGCGUGUGUACAACCUGCCCCCAGAGCUGUACUCCACCAGCUGGGAGCUUAUCCCAGAGAUGAGCCCAGUGCUGCGCAUGGCUGAAGGAGACACCAUCUACGACUACUGCUGGUACCCCCACAUGAGCUCUCUGGAUCCAGACACAUGCUUCCUGGCCAGCAGCAGCCGUGAUAACCCGGUGCACGUGUGGGAUGCCUUCUACGGGGAGGUGAGGGCCAGUUUCCGUCCAUACAACCACCUGGACGAGCUGACGGCCGCCCACUCCCUGUGCUUCAGCCCAGACGGGGCUCAGCUCUACUGCGGCUUUGACAAGAUGGUCCGAGUGUUCCACACUGAGAGGCCCGGGAGGGACUGUGAAGAGAGGCCCACUAUAGUGAAGAAGCAGGGUGUUGGUGGGAUCAUUUCGUGCCUGGCGUUCAGCCCCUCUCGGGCCCUGUACGCCUGUGGCUCUUACUCCAGGGGUCUUGCUGUUUAUUGCUGUCAGGACGGGACCCCUGUGGCUCUGCUGCCCACACGCCACCGCGGGGGCCUCACCCACCUCCUGUUCUCUCCUGAUGGGAACUACCUGUACACCGGGGGACGCAAGGACCCAGAGAUCCUGUGCUGGGACCUGAGGGAGCCAGGCAAAGUGCUGUUCUCCCUGCAGAGGAACGUGGCCACCAACCAGCGCAUCUACUACGACCUCGACUCGUCGGGUCGGUACUUGCUGAGCGGGGACACUGAGGGCCUGGUGUCUGUGUGGGACACUCACUGCACCCCCUAUGGGAGCACAGAGGAAUUGCACCCUCCACACCUCACUUUCCAGGCCCACUGGGACUGUACCAACGGAGUCAGUGUUCACCCGUUCCUGCCGCUGUUGGCGACCUCCAGUGGUCAGCGCCAGUUCUCGUGGCCCAGCGACAGUGAGGGAGACUCGGGCUCAGACACAGACGUGGGAGGGCAUCCGGAACGCAGGCAGGAGAACUGUGUGUGUGUGUGGUGGUCCGGGUCCCCGGGAGCCGCCUCCGAGGACCCCAACACCAGGACCCAGGGGCCUGACACGGUCUGAACUGUAACAUGGAUACUAUAGGACUUUGUGUACGUGCGUGUGUGUGUGUGUGCGUGUGUGUGUGCGUGGUGUGUGUUACUGUAGUGGAGCUGCCUAUGGAGACUGCUCUGGUCAAGUGCCCUUUGCUUUGCUCUGUGACACUCUGUGGGGCUGCACUGUUGGGGGCUAAGUCCAAUAAUAAUUUAAUUCAUGAAUACAUUUACGCAGCACAUUUGAACCACAUCCAGGAGAUUUUUUAUUUGAGAGAAUAGUUAAGGUAAUAUUAUUUUGUAGACGAGUAAACCACAGGGUCAGCAGCUUUUAUAAUGAGAAUACACACUACUUCAAUACUUUCUACAUGAAGAUAUGAUUUACAGCAGGGCUCCAUGCAUCCUGGACAUGAAAACUGCAUGGAUUUGCGAAUGUCCUGGAAAAUAUCGGUUUUGUUUCUAGAUUACUGCAUAUCAAAUGAUUAGACUCCAGUCAUACUUUUUCCAGUUUGUACUUUGCCUUGAAAUAUCCUAAAUGUGAAGUUAUUGACUAGAUCUUGGAACUCACUGUAUUACAACACAAAUCAGCAUUUUAAUUUCAUUGCAAUUGAUUUUUUCAGUAGUAAGUCUUACAUUGAGUUAUAUCAGACCCUGCUCUCUGUAUGAAAUUACAAAAUUACAACAUCAGAGUUUCUCUUUGCUAUUGCCAUAAACUGUGCAGCCCUGCUCUUCUGCCAACGUUAAUGUUUUUAGCCUUAUUUUCUGUGUGUGGAGGCGCACAUCCAAAAGUGUAUAUUUUUGUAUUCUUCUGUGUGUGUGAUGGAACAGUGGGCGUCUCCUGUCUCUGGUCACACCGCUCCCAGAGCAGGUCACAUUGUGUAGUGGUGAAUGGCCAUAUACUUUAACACGGAUACUUGAUCCAAAUGUGGACAUUGGUGAGUUUUCACAGUGGGCCAAAUAUGGGCAAAGGAAGGACUCGCUCUGCCAAUAGCUGUUGCACAAAUGAACUCUUUCUGUUUAAAGUAUCAGUAUCUCUUGUGUAACUGUAUGAAAAUAAAGGCAGCUCUGACGUGUGCCUUAACAA